UUACAAGGGAGCCUCGAAACCAGACUGGUCACACUCCGAAGUGACAAGUUCCUUCUUAGCGAACAAAAAGAAGAAGUGAAUGAGGAUCCACGGAUAAUCUUGAGGGGUUACUCUGACUUCUCGUUUCCCUGUCAAUUAGGCCUAUAUACUUACACAUCUGCUGGUGGAUUAAAUGGCAUUUUACAAGCACGAAGGUCUGGAGGAGCCCACGGAACCAGAAUGCCCGGUGUGUUACGAGAGCCUGUCGGGCAGCGAGAGGACCCUGAGCUGUGGACAUGUCUUCUGCCACGACUGUCUGGUGCGGACGCUGGUCAGCAUCACCCGAGACGGAGUGAUCAGAGACACUAUCAUCUGCCCUGUGUGCCGACACCUCACGUUCAUAAAGAAACAAACAGACGCCGUGGUGUCAAUGCUCAACGAAGAGAAAGAAGAGACCAAGCAGGGGGAGCAGACGCUGAAGGUCCCUAUUCCCGCGCCCGCGGGCGCGGAGUACUUUGCGCAUUACCCGGGGGCUCUGUUGCAGUCUGCCGCGAGAACUGUCCCUCUGGGCUUCGACUGGAGGCGCUGUUUCCGGCGGAUGGGAGCUUUGCGGCGACAGAUACUGGUGUUCCCCAACCUGGACCAUAACGCGUCUCAGAUCUUCAUCAUCAGCGAGCAGGGUCGCCCCAUGGCCGAGGAGGACGCGCUGCGGGAGGUCUCCACAGUGGUGGUGGUGCAACAACCGCCUGUCCGGCCCAGGCGCAUUAAGAUCUGCACCACGGGACGUUGGUUGCUCUUCUUGCUAUCCAUCUUCACUUUACUUGCACUGGUGGCUGCCACUUUACCUUGGAUAUUAUUAGCUUAACUAUGUACUAACUAUGCAAUCUGAACUGUGUAAACUUGCUUGACCACUUAGCUGCCGCAGAUCCAACCAGCCGCUUGGUAGCCUCGAAACUAGACCGGUCACACUCAAAAUUGAGAAGUUCCUUCUCAGCGAACAGAAGGAAGUAGUGAAUAACGAUCCACGGAGAAUCUUAAGGGGUUACUCUGACUGCUCGUCUCCCUGUAUGGACUUACACAUCUGCUGGUGGAUUAGAUGGCAUUUUACAAGCACGAAAGUGGAGGAGCCAACGGAACCACAAUUCCCGGUGUGUUACGAGUGCAUGUCCGGCAGCGAGAGGACCCUGAGCUGUUGACAUGUCUCUUACAAAGAAACAAGCAGACGCCGUGGAGGCGAUACUGCUCAGCGCCAAAAAAGAAGAGACCAAGCAGAACGAUGAAGGUCCCCAUCCCCGCUCCCCCGGGCGCCUUUACGCAUUACCCGGGGGCUCUGUUGCAGUCCGUCGCGGACGUCCGGCCCAGGCGCACUUCUUGCCGUCCGUAUUCAAUAUAGCCUACUUGCACUGGCGGCUGCCCCUUUGCAUUGGAUUUUUUUGGAUUAACCGUGUGUGAUUGGUUUUACUGUACAGCUGCAAUGUGUUUUAUGGAGACCUGACAAUAGUGCUAAGCAUUAAGAUACUCGAUGAGUUGGAAUGCAUAAUAAAUGACCAUUGUAAUCUCAAUAAUCAAAUAUGAAUUCCAGAUGUAUGACCUUAUGAAGAGAACUGUGUGCUCCCCACCAGUAGCACUCGUUUACUAAACAGGCUCAGCUUGUUCGUUUUGCAUUAGUGUGGAAGGUGGAAAUGGAAGGAAUGGGGAAGAGGCAGAGUGUGUGCGGUUGAACACCAGGCAACUGUGUAGAAUGACGCAAAACCUAUGAAGGUUGGACUCUAUUCUUAUAAAUUUUCCUCAAGAGGCACUUAUCAAAACACCAGUUCCGGUCACAGUUCUUUUUACCUGUCUGGAUUUAGCAGAUAUUUUUAUUCAGAGCGACCCCCGUUUUAUCAAAGCACCCCACUCCAAUGUGCUAAGCUGCAAUAAAGGGUUUUGAUUGGCAGCAACAUUAAUGCUACAAGCCAUUAAGCCACCAGACAUCGCGAGAGGUCAAGCGGUGACGUAAACGCCCCAGACAAGGCAAGGCAAUUACUCUCCGUAUCUUCUGUGGCCUUUUUAAUCCGACCUCUUUAACAUUCGGUUGGGCCGUUUACGUUUUGGAGUAAUUCAGAUACUUCUUUACUUCUUGGCUUCUUUGUCAGCCAUUUGUAUUCCUUCUCUUGAAGUGAACAAUAAUUGAUGGGGCACAGCACAGGCCGCCUGGGAAAGACGUGCAGGUAAAGAUGAGCUGAUCUGUGUAACGAGAUCCACCGUGGUAUUGGGUAACUACUGAUGGGCCUUAAGAGAGGGCUCGGGUCUCACGAAAACGUGAGACCAGAGCAUUCAGGGCAGGCAAUGUGCCUGCCCUGAAUGGACACACACCGAUCCCUGACCGCCUCGUGGUUUGUGACCGUUGUUCAUGUUAAUUUAUGAUCACAGUUUGCAGCACUUACCAAAGUUCUGAAUGGACAAAUUAAACGUAUGUUGCAGGAGAGUAAUUGCUUGUAUGCAGCAAGCUCUGUCACUGAUACCAGGUGACAUGCAUGCACACACACCUAGGUAGGUACUAAGGUACACUCCUGGUUUCUGUCGCUGACAGCACACUGCCCUUCCUGUUGAUCCAGUCGUGCAGGUUGAAGGAGCUCAACCUCUUCGCCCAGAUGGUCAUGUCAUGAACUCUGAUUUAAUCCAUUAGUCUGAUUUAUCUUAUGCCAGUGAGAAAGUACUUUAAAACUCACAAAAGUAGUUUUGUGUGAAAGAAAGGAUGGGCCUAAUCCAGCUGUCUCCACCUGAGGUGAAGAAUGUGUUGUUAUUAAGUCCAGAAACAAAAGCACGUAUACCUUCUUAUUGUUUGGGCUGGGAUUUAUACUCAAGGCGUUCUGUCUUAGUCAUUUUCAUCUUUUUGUACGUGAUAUGAAACCUGGUCAUCAUAUAAAAACGACUCCUACAGUCGACCCUGUUUUUGUUGUCAUCAGGCAAGGCAAGGCAAGGCAACUUUAUUUAUAUAGCACUUUUCAUAUUAAGGCAGACUCAAGGUGCUUCACAUAUAAACAUUGUCAUACAAUAAAAUAAAAUAAUAGAUAAGUAAAAGAAAACAUAUGCAAAGAAAUGAGUAAAAUAGAAAGUUAAAAAGGGCAUUUUAGUAUUAAAAUAGAAAAUAAAGGCAAAGUUAGAGAAGCUUUUUAGAAAGUGCAAUGUAUUUAAGAUUUAGCAGAAAGCUAAAGCAAACAUAACAGUCUUCAGUCUUGUUUGAAAGGUGCUCAGAGUUGGUGCAAGUCUUAAAUCCCCAUUAAAUAUAAAUACCGUUUUUUUCUGUAUUUAUACACAGGACAAAUAAAACCACACAGACCAUAGGGUUAUCAAAAUGUAUAGUUUAAUAUAUAUUUAUUUUUGACAUUCUGAUAUGGAUUGCAGUCGGCGUCGCAGUACACACGGAGUUCCACUUGAUAUGCAAAGCAGGGGGGGGGGGGAGUUUGACAAGCGACAGAUUUCAUUUGUACAUAGUUGUGCAAGCAGUUAAUUUGAGGUCAACAUCUAUCCACUUAUUUAUCGUAUUGCUCAAUGAACCCUUUAGUCUUACCAUUAUUAUUAUUAUUAUUAUUAUUAGUCGUAUUAUCAUUAUAAUCCACGUUUAUUACUAGUCCAUUAAUGGUCUCUUUCUCCAUUUCAUUCAUGAACCCCCUCUAAUUGCUUUCAUGAGACAGUAAUUCACACACCAAUCAUGUAAAAUACUAUCUAGAUACAUGCAUGACAGCCAUAUAUUUGUUCUUUCUUCCAUAAGAAAUAUGCCCCCGAACCCUCAUUCGAUUUUUUCCAAUCAACGCUGGCUUGGAUGAGUAUUGGGAAUAAUCAGAGUUCAAAAGAUGAGGGUUUUAAACUGGAUGUAAAAUGAGUCUCUAAAUCAUCGAGUCUUUGGCGCAAAAUAUGCUUGAAUAAUGAUGUACAUGUUUCUUGACUCAAAGUAGAAUAAAUUGCUUGACUAUGAGGCUAAAUAUGUCUUUCUGUACAACUGUGCAAUGAACACACCUAUUCACUGAUAUUUGAGCAUUGUUAUAGUUGUUUGACUCGACAGAAUGACUUUUAUCGUUGAUCGAAUUGUUUCCUGACGGGGAAACAGAGGAUAAACAUGUGGUUCCUUAUAAUUGUGCAAUAAACACACCAAAGAUGAGUGCAUGCGUUUAUGUGUGUGCACAUGUGUGGAGUGUGGGUUUACGAUGAAAAAUGCACUACAGAAAUACUGCCCUGUAUGGUAAAUAUGUGCCAUCCGGCUGCUUCAUGAGCUAAACACAAGCACUCAUCCACACUACGAGCACUUAACCAAUGACCUAUCACAA